UAUAUAUAUAUUGAUCUUCGUAAAAAGUUAUUAUCGUUAUUUUAUAUGUAAUUACGUUAUAAAACAGUAGAUAUUAAUAAUCCAAAACCACCCUAUUGUAUCUAAAAUAAAGUUUUCAAAAUUUCUGAACCCAAUAAAGUGAAGGGGGAAAGAAGGUCUAUUCAAUCCAUAGCUUGGAAUUCCCGGCAGGUAACGGUGAUUCAGAUUUUUGUUAUCCUCAAAGGCUUCAACUUUGGCCCUCCCCUCUCAACCUCAUCAAUUUCGGUUUAGCACUUAAUGUCCUGUUAUUGUAAGGACAUAAGUCUUGCUAAACAUGAUAUGGUCAACGCUAAGUAGGAGAACUCAUCUCUUGCCAUAUCUUAGGGCUCUGCAAUCGAACUCUCUUGAAUCCAGAUGCCUAUCUAUCCUUUCUAAAGGAUCAAGUUACAGGUUCAUUAAUGCUAAUACCAGCUUCCAACACAAUUUCUCUUGUAAUAUUCGAGCAUCAAAGUUUAACCAAGAAUUGUUCCAUCCGAGUUACCGGUCUUCAGCUUUUGCUUCACAGAAUGUUGGAAAGUCAUGUUCCAUGCCUGGUUUCCGACACUUCUCAUCUCAUGCAUCCAAAGAGAAGAAAUCACAAAAGAUGCUUUUAUACUUGACGGGCUUAGUUUUUGCUAUGGUUGGCUGCACGUAUGCUGCUGUUCCCCUGUACAGAAGAUUCUGCCAAGCCACUGGCUAUGGGGGAACUGUCACCCGGCGUGAGACAGUUGAAGAAAAGAUUGCUCGACAUGAUAGCAAUAAUACAGUCUCCACAAGGGAAAUUGUGGUGCAGUUCAAUGCUGAUGUUGCUGAUGGGAUGCAAUGGAAGUUUAUUCCCGCCCAGAGAGAGGUUAGGGUCAAGCCUGGUGAAAGUGCCCUCGCAUUUUAUACUGCAGAAAACAAAAGUUCUACUCCAAUAACAGGUGUUUCUACGUAUAAUGUCACUCCAAUGAAGGCUGCAGUGUACUUCAAUAAAAUACAAUGCUUCUGCUUUGAGGAGCAGCGACUUCUACCUGGAGAGCAGAUUGACAUGCCUGUAUUCUUUUAUAUUGACCCGGAAUUUGAGACGGAUCCUAAAAUGAAUGGUAUCAAUAACAUUAUGUUAUCAUAUACCUUCUUCAAGGUUUCUGAGGAAUAAGACCAACUUGAAUGUUCACGUCAAAUUAAAAUAAAAGCUCCUUCCAUUUCAAAGUACAAAGAUUUAGAGCACAUUGAUGAAGCUUGAGUUUUCGUUACUUAUGGUGACCGACAUAAAAGAUUGAAAUUCAUUUUUUAUUCACACAUAAAGAAUGCUGCCCCUUCUUUAUACUUGCCAAGUUCUUGAAUAUUUGGAGCUUCAAUAGAACUAUUAGGUAACCUUGUGAUCAAGUUUUGAAGGUUCAAGGUACAAUACCAUGACAUCGUGAAUUAUGCUAAUUAUCUGGAGCUUGAGUUAAAACAGUAUUUGGAGUACCUCCAAAGUUAGUCAUUUAGAUGAAUUAUUCUGCUUUAAAAGUUAUUGAAAUUCAUGUUGGCAAAAAGGUAUGUUACAAUAACGUGUAUCGUCAAUGGAAACUAGGUAGGUUUGAGUU